GAACCGGAUGGAACCGGAACGGAACCGGACCAACCCGGACCGUGGCCAUGCCUACUCCUAAUCGAGAAAAGAUUAAGAAAUCUGUACAAUACAAACAUACACACUCGUGAUGUCCUGUAUCCUUCUGCUCUUCGUGCUGUUGUACCCAAUAUGGCAUUUGCAGUUGACAGCAUCAUCCUCUUAUCCAGCCAUUGCAAAGCCAGGAUGCCAAGACCAAUGUGGGAACAUUAAAAUUCCGUUUCCUUUUGGAUUUGGUGCAAAAAAUUGUUUUCACAAUGAGUCUUAUGAGAUAACUUGUGAUAAUGCUUCAUUUGGUACUCCCAAACCAUUCUUGCAGAAGUUCAAUCUUGAAGUUAAGGAUAUAAAUUGGUUGGGCAAGAAUGCACGUGUAUCCGAUAGUGAGAUGGAAAACGACCAAAUAUUAAUAGUAGGGGUUACUCUCCAGGAUGUGUGUAAAUCUAAAUAUAGCGUUGACUUUCGUCGGAGUCCAUAUCGUUUUUCUACUUGGUAUAAUGUUCUUGUGGUGGAUGGCUGUGGUGGCAGUGUUGUCUUGAAGAAUAGGGAUAGAAAAAUCUUGAUCGGGUGUGCUGCCGAAUGUACCAACGAAACUGUUGACAUUGCUACCAAGGACUGCUAUGGGAUUGGAUGUUGUCAAGCUUCUUUUAUAAAAUAUAAUACAGUGGGUAGUGACAGCGAAAUGCUUCACAGACUGAAAGCUCUCGAUUUCUAUGAGCUAGAGGUCGAUUAUGAAGCAGAUUCUUCUGCGUGUGAGAUGAGAGCAGGAUUAAUUGACCACCGCUCAGUGAACAAGUCUGCUGAGAGCACAGUCUCAAUGGUAUUGGAAUGGUCUGCCCCAGAUUUAUUUAAUUCUUAUUCUGGAGGUAGCUGUGGAUAUUAUUAUGAAGGUAAUCCGUAUCUUCCCGAAGGAUGCCAAGUUGUAAGGGAAUGUACGAGCUGCAUACAUCGGUGUAAGAGAGCUUGGGAUCAAUCUUAUGAAUCUAUACAUUAUUACUGUGACAAGUAUCCAAUCUUUAAGUGGGGAUCUGUACUUGGAUUCAGCUUAGGAUUGGGAUUUAUGGUAAUGGUCAUUGGUUGCUAUUGGCUCUAUAGAGUAAUAGAGAGAAAGAAAAAAGCUAAGCGCAAAUCUGAUUACUUUAAAAGGAAUGGGGGCUUGUUGUUGCAACAACAAAUAGGUUCCGUUGAGGAUACUACCCAAAAAACAAAAAUUUUUCCGGUCACAGAGCUGGAGAAGGCAACCGACAACUUCAACAAAAACCGAAUCCUUGGGCAAGGUGGCCAAGGCACAGUUUAUAAGGGAAUGUUAAAGGAUGGUAGAAUAGUUGCCAUUAAGAAGUCUAAGAAAGUAGACAAGAGUCAAUUAGAACAAUUUGUCAAUGAAGUUGUUAUUCUGUCCCAAAUUAAUCAUCGGAAUGUGGUGAAGUUGUUAGGUUGUUGUUUAGAGACAGAAGUCCCUUUGCUUUUGUACGAGUUUGUUCAAAAUGGAACACUUUAUGAGCAUAUCCAUGUCGGAAGUGAAGAUUUUCAUGUUACUUGGAAAACACGUUUACAAAUGGCAGCAGAAUCUGCUGAUGCAAUAGCAUAUUUGCAUUCAUCUUCAUCGUCUCCUAUAUAUCAUAGAGAUAUCAAGUCUGCAAAUAUACUCCUGGAUUCCAAAUACAGAGCAAAAGUGUCCGAUUUUGGAGCCUCAAAAUCUAUCGAAAUUGAGCAAACUCAUGUGACUACUUGUGUUAUCGGAACUUAUGGUUAUCUCGAUCCUGAGUACUUUCAGUCGAAUCAAUUCACUGAGAAAAGCGAUGUUUACAGCUUUGGUGUAGUCCUUGUUGAGCUUAUCACCAGCAAAAAACCAAUUUGCCCAACCAAAGACGGAGGAUGGAUAAGCUUAGCAGUUGAAUUCCUUUUCCACAUGGAAAAUUCUCGUCUCUUAGAUAUUUUAGAUGCUCGGCUUUUGGAAGAGGGAAACAAAGAAGAGUUUGUUGCUGUUGCAAAGCUUGCAAGACAAUGCCUGAACCUGAAUGGGAAAGAAAGGCCUACUAUGAGAGAAGUCGCAACGGUGUUAGAUGAGAUUAGAUCAUCUUCACAUGUGCCCGAUACAAGAGAAUCCGAUUUUAUGGCUUGUACGGGAGUUUUGAUGGCAACAAGCAGUGAUAAGCCUAUUGGCCCUUCAACAACAAAUAUGUUCUUCUCUGAUUUUGGCCUAGGAUCUUCCUCCAUUCAAUUUAAGGGACAGACCUUAUGAUGCAAGAAUCUUUCAUAUAACUAGCUAUGCUUUCUAUUCUGAGCAUGUUUUUACAUUAUGUAUGACUGUAUAAGUACUAUCAGAUGCUAAUAGUUUGAUGGUUUUGAUAAUGAAUGACUGUCUAAGACUCUAAGAAGUGUCAAGUGCGUUGUAUAUAGUAUGUAUAAUUUUUACUCAGAACUUACAAAAAAUUGUAUGUUAUAGUUAGUUAGUUUUAAAUUAUCAUAUUAAUUUUAUAAUGCGGUGUUAUUUUGAUGUUA